AUGGAUAAUUUUCAUAAAAUAGAAAAAAUAGGAGAAGGUACCUAUGGAAUUGUCUACAAAGCGCGGGAUAAAAUAACUGGCAAGAUGGUUGCCCUAAAAAGAAUAAGACUGGCGACAGAAACUGAAGGCGUACCAUCAACAGCCAUUAGAGAAAUUUCUCUCCUAAAAGAUUUGACACACCCGAAUAUUGUCCAAUUAUUUGACGUAGUCAUCGGCGAUGUCAACAAGGAUCUGUACCUGGUGUUUGAGUAUUUGCAGCAAGAUUUAAAAAAAUUCUUAGACUCUAUGAAGAAAUUAUUGACCUACGACCCAAGCAAAAGAGUAACAGCAAUGAACGCGUUGAGCCACCCGUUUUUUGAUGAUGUUAAGCUGAUAAGUCCGUUGAUAGUGAAGAAAGAAAUAAAGUCUGAAUGA